AUGUCAGAACAGGACACUAGAUUCUCCUUCCCCAAGGAAGAAGAACGUAUCUUGAGCUACUGGAAGGAAAUAAAUGCUUUCGAACAAUCAAAUAAGUUAAAUGAGGGAAACAAGAGAUUCUCAUUCUACGACGGUCCACCUUUCGCCACUGGUACUCCCCAUUACGGCCAUAUUUUGGCCUCCACUAUCAAGGAUAUUAUCCCCAGGUAUGCCAACAUGAACGGUAUGUAUGUGGAACGUCGUUUUGGCUGGGAUACUCAUGGCUUGCCAGUGGAACACGAGAUCGACAAGAAACUUGGUAUCACUGGAAAGGAAGAUGUGAUGGCCAUGGGUAUCGCCAAAUACAACGAAGAAUGUCGUUCCAUUGUCAUGCGUUAUGCUCAUGCCUGGAAAGAUACCAUUGGAAGACUAGGUCGUUGGAUCGAUUUUGAGAAUGAUUACAAGACUCUUUAUCCUGAGUUCAUGGAGUCUGUGUGGUGGGUUUUCAAGCAAUUGUAUGAGAAGGACUCUGUUUACCGUGGACUGCGAGUGAUGCCUUACUCCACUGGCUGCACCACUCCUUUGUCUAAUUUUGAGGCCCAGCAAAAUUAUAAGGAUGUUAAUGAUCCAGCUGUCACUGUUGGUUUUAGAUUGGUAGAUGAUGAGAAUACUUUCCUGGUUGCAUGGACAACUACACCAUGGACUCUUCCUUCUAAUAUUGCUUUGGCUGUAAACCCAGAGUUUGAAUACGUUAAAAUUUAUGACGAAAAGACCAAGAAGCACUACAUUUUAUUGGAGUCAUUGUUAAAGACCUUGUACAGAAAACCUAAAAAUGAAAAAUACAAGAUCGUUGAAAAGAUCAAGGGUUCCGAAUUGGUCGGGCUGAAAUACCAACCUUUGUUCAAUUAUUUCUAUGACAAGUUCAAAGAUCAUGGUUUUGUAGUUUACGGCGGUGACUUCGUCACCGAUGACAGCGGUACUGGUAUUGUCCACCAGGCUCCAGCUUUUGGUGAGGUUGAUUUUGAAGCUGCCACUGCCGCUGGUGUUAUUGAUGAAAAGAGGGUUCCUCCUAACCCUGUUGAUGACAACGGAAAGUUCAGUUCCCAAGUUCCAGAUUGGGAGGGGGUAUAUGUCAAGGACGCUGACACAAAGAUUAUCAAAUACUUGACUGAAAAGGGAAAUAUUCUAUUAUCUUCCCAAAUCAGACAUAGUUAUCCAUUUUGUUGGAGAUCUGAUACUCCCUUGCUGUAUAGAACGGUGCCAGCUUGGUUUGUCCGUGUUAAAGAGAUCGUUCCUGACAUGUUGAAAAACGUUGAAGCUACUCAUUGGGUCCCCCAAACCAUUAAGGAGAAGAGAUUUUCCAACUGGAUUGCCAAUGCACGGGACUGGAAUGUUUCUCGUAACAGAUAUUGGGGAACACCUAUUCCAUUAUGGGUUUCUGAUGAUUUUGAAGAAAUUGUGUGUAUCGGUUCAAUUCAAGAACUGAGAGAUCUAUCUGGCAACCAAGAUAUCACUGACAUACACCGUGAAAAGAUUGACGACAUCACUAUUCCUUCUAGACAAGGAAAGGGCGUGCUAAGAAGAAUCGAAGAAGUGUUUGAUUGUUGGUUCGAGUCAGGUUCCAUGCCUUACGCUCAAAACCACUAUCCUUUCGAAGGAAAGGACGAGUUCAGCUCCAAAUUCCCUGCUGAUUUCAUAUCGGAAGGUCUUGAUCAGACCAGAGGUUGGUUCUACACCUUGACUGUGCUAGGUACUCACCUUUUCAACACUGCACCCUACAAGAAUGUCAUAGUUUCGGGUAUCGUUCUAGCUGGUGACGGUAAAAAGAUGUCCAAGCGUCUGAAGAACUAUCCAGACCCUGGAAUAGUGUUGGACGGUUACGGUGCCGAUGCUUUGCGUCUUUACUUAAUCAACUCUCCUGUUCUUAGAGCCGAGACUUUGAAGUUCAAAGAGGAAGGAGUCAAGGAAGUAGUUUCCAAGGUUCUUCUUCCUUGGUGGAACUCCUUCAAGUUUUUAGAAGGUCAGGUAGCUUUGCUGAAGAAGUUGAACCAAAUUGACUACAAGUAUGAUCCCGAAGUCAGGAGUGAGAAUGUCAUGGACAAAUGGUUGUUGGCCACCAUUCAAUCGCUUAUCAAAUUUAUUCACCAAGAGAUGGCUGAGUACAGACUGUACACUGUGGUCCCUAAGUUGCUAAAAUUGAUUGAUGACUUGACUAACUGGUACAUUCGUUUCAACCGUCGUCGUCUGAAGGGUGAGAAUGGUGUUGAUGACUGUAUCAAAGCAUUGAACACAUUGACGGAAGCCCUUUUCACUUUAGUCCGUGCUAUGGCACCCUUCACCCCAUUCUUGUCUGAGAACAUAUACCAAAGAUUGAGACCUCUUAUCCCAGAUGCUGUCUUGUCUAAGUACACCAAAGAUCCAAGAUCGGUUCAUUUCUUGGCGUACCCAGUCCUGAACGUAUCUCUGUUUGACGAGAAGAUUGAGAUUGCCAUGGCUCGUAUGCAAAAGGUUAUUGAUUACGGACGUAACAUCCGUGAGAAGAAGACCAUAUCUCUGAAGACCCCACUCAAAACUUUGGUUAUUCUUCACUCAGAUCCAGGUUACCUUGCUGAUGUCGAAUCCCUAAAAUCCUACAUUACCGAGGAGCUGAAUGUCCGUGAUGUAAUCAUCACUUCAGACGAGGACAAAUAUGGAGUAGCAUAUGGGGUUGUCGCUGACUGGCCAGUAUUGGGUAAGAAGUUGAAGAAGGAUGCCCAGAAAGUCAAAGUAGCGCUUCCUUCAGUGAGUUCUGAAGAAGUCAAGGAAUUUUUGAAGACUGGUAAGAUUACAGUUGCUGGAAUUGAGCUCUCAUCUGAAGACUUGAAUGCAGUUCGUGGUCUGCCUGAGUCCAAAUCUCAAGACGGACAUGAAGUCAGAAGUGACAGAGACACUCUGGUUAUCCUGGACACUAAAGUGUAUGAGGAGCUGAAGACAGAGGGUACCGCACGUGAGUUGGUUAAUCGUAUCCAGAAGCUACGUAAGAAAGCCUCCUUGGAUGCAACUGAUGAUGUUAUUGUACAAUAUGCUAUUACAAAUGAUACCAUUGGAUUGGACUCAAUAAUGAAACAACACGCCGAUAUGCUAAUAAAGACCUGCAGAAGACCGUUGGAACCGUUGGCCGAGACUUCUAAGGACGUAAUUGCUGAGGAGGAAUGUCAGAUCCAGGACACGCUCAUCAAGAUCCGUUUGCUUAAUAUCUAG